UUUUGUCCGUCUUUCCUUCCAGGCUGUGUUGCAAUUGUUCUUGCUGCUAUUCUCUAUGUGGUUGGAUGGCAUUGGCUCGAGCUGGAAUAUACUACAGCUUUUCUCCUCUCAUGGUUUUUUUUGGGUUUUUUUUUUCUCUGUCCUCUUUGGCCAGGGGAGGGUAAUUUGGAUGAUCGCUAGGGCUGGGAGGCGAACGAGGCGGAUCAUGAGCAUUCGUCCGUGAGGAGGCCAUCGGAUCUUUGUGCCGCUGGGGAGGAUUGGAUCGAUCGAAUUAGGGAUGGCUGCAGCCCCGCUGGAGCAAAAAUACGUGGAGCUGACAGAGGACAUGUUCAAGGAGGGAUUUCUCGAUGAUCAGUUUGUCCAGCUCCAACAGUUACAGGACCCAAGCAAUCCAGGAUUCGUGGCGGAAGUUGUAACGCUCUUUUUCGAGGACUCCGAGAAAAUAAUCGACAGCAUCACUGAAACACUUGAGACUGAUCCUCUUGACUUCAAAGUUCUUGAUGCUCAUGUUCAUCAGUUCAAAGGCAGUAGCUCCAGCAUUGGAGCGCAACGCGUGAAGAAUGUUUGCAUUAGCUUUCGGCAGUGUUGUGAUGCUUCAAACAAAGAAGGGUGUGUGAAUUGCCUUCAACAAGUUAAACGGGAGUAUCAAUUGGUGAAAGCAAGGUUGGAAACACUUCUUCAGGUUCAAAAACGAGAUUUUUCUUUACCAUUAAGAUUUUGUAAUGAAACAUUUUGUGUAGCUGGAAGAACAAAUUGUUGCUGCUGGAGGAAUAGUCCCACAGUUUGAGUAAACAAUGAAAACCCGAUAAUUGCUGCUAAUUUGUAUUGAUUGAGUGGGGAGUUUGUGCCACUGCUUGGUUUUUUUCCUCCCACUAUUUGCAAAAUAAAACAAAAAAUUCAACCAUGCU